CUCCAACUCCUACUAACCACUCAAGCAACUUUGCACACAACAAUAUCAAAGCCUUCAAAUUUCUUCAUAUCAUAUUCAUCCAUUUCCUUCUACACACUUUUCAAUAACCCUUCUCCUUUGUUAUCCUAAACUAACUAUACAAUAUUGUAGUAUACUCUCUGAACUCAAAUGGCAACUAAUUCUCUUCAUUCAAUUCAACACCAUUCUCUCAGCAAACGCCACUACUACCCUUCUGAGACUGUUCCAUCCACACUUUCAUCUUCACUCUUUCUCAAACCAACCACAAUCAACACCAGCAUAACUAUCUCUCACUCUUCUUCCACCACAUUCUCUAGUCUCUCACAAACAACAUCCUCCACACCAUCAUCAACCUCUCAAAUCAUCUCCUUUGAACUCCUCCAACAGCUUCUCAAAGCCAAAAACUUUCAACAAGCCGACGAAGAGACAAGGCGCCUUAUUAUCGUCCUUGCGGGUGAAGCGGCUCAAAAGCGCGGCUAUGUUUUCUUCUCAGAGGUCCAGUUCAUAUCAGAAACAGACCUGAAAACAAUUGACCAGCUUUGGAGAGAGCAUAGUGACAACAAGUUCGGUUACAGUGUCCAAAAGAGAAUAUUUGGUAAGGUUAAAAAAGACUUCACAAAAUUCUUCAUUAAGGUUGGUUGGAUGAAGAAGCUUGACACUGAGAUGGAACAACAUAACUAUAGGUCUUUUCCUACAGAGUUUAUAUGGGAGCUCAAUGAUGACACACCAGAGGGUCAUUUGCCUCUGACAAAUGCACUCAGAGGAACACAGUUGCUGAAUAAUAUUUUUACCCAUCCGGCUUUUGAUGAAGUACAAGAAGGCGAAGUUUCAAUUGGUGAGGAAAAUGGGGCACUCAAAGGGUUAAAAGAUUCAUCAAAGCCAUUGGUUCAGAAGAUCUUCAAGACAGACUAUAGUUUCUGAUAACUUCAGACAAGUUUACAAUAAGCCUGUUGAGUGCAUACAGAAUGUAACUUACUUUGUGUUUUACUUUUUUAAGUAUAUACAUAGUAAUUAUUAAUUCAUCACCAAUAGAUGAAGGUAGUUGCUUGAAUUGUAUUUUUUUUUUUUCUUCACUUAUAAAUUAUAAGGAUAGCUGCAUUUUAGAAACUCUUUAAACCGAAGGUUAAUUAAUAUGUUGGCUGUCAUAAUUUAAAAGGAGUUAGAAAACAUGUUGUGAAUACUUGUGCACAUAAUGGACAAAAUAACAAAGCAUGGCAUCUUGUUUAUACCGUCA